GGGGCCCGGGCGCACGGGAGCGGGAGCGGCCCGGGGAGCCCGAUCGCACCAUGGAAGCGGCGGCGGCCGGUCGGGGCGGCUUCCAGCCGCACCCGGGGCUGCAGAAGACGUUGGAGCAGUUCCACCUGAGCUCCAUGAGCUCGCUGGGCGGCCCGGCCGCUUUCUCGGCGCGCUGGGCGCAGGAGGCCUACAAGAAGGAGAGCGCCAAGGAGGCGGGCGCGGCCACAGUGCCGGCGCCGGUGCCCACUACCGCGGAGCCACCGCCCGUGCUGCACCUGCCUGCCAUCCAGCCGCCGCCUCCCGUAUUGCCCGGGCCCUUCUUCAUGCCGUCGGAUCGCUCCACCGAGCGCUGUGAGACCGUGCUGGAAGGGGAGACCAUCUCUUGUUUCGUAGUGGGAGGCGAGAAGCGUCUGUGCCUGCCGCAGAUCCUCAACUCGGUGCUGCGCGACUUCUCACUGCAGCAGAUCAACUCGGUGUGCGAUGAGCUGCACAUCUACUGCUCGCGCUGCACCGCCGACCAGCUGGAGAUCCUCAAAGUCAUGGGCAUCCUGCCCUUCUCCGCGCCCUCGUGCGGGCUCAUCACCAAGACGGACGCCGAGCGCCUGUGCAAUGCGCUGCUCUACGGCGGCGCCUACCCGCCGCCUUGCAAGAAGGAGCUGGCGGCCAGCCUGGCGCUGGGCCUGGAGCUCAGCGAGCGCAGCGUCCGCGUGUACCACGAGUGCUUCGGCAAAUGCAAGGGGCUGCUGGUGCCCGAGCUGUACAGCAGUCCUAGCGCCGCCUGCAUCCAGUGCCUCGACUGCCGCCUCAUGUACCCGCCGCACAAGUUCGUGGUACACUCGCACAAGGCCCUGGAGAACCGGACCUGCCACUGGGGUUUCGACUCAGCCAACUGGCGGGCCUACAUCCUGCUGAGCCAGGACUACACAGGCAAGGAGGAGCAGGCCCGCCUUGGCCGCUGCCUGGACGACGUGAAGGAGAAGUUCGACUAUGCCAACAAGUAUAAGCGGAGGGUGCCCCGGGUCUCAGAGCCCCCAGCUUCCAUAAGACCCAAAGCAGACGACACUUCCUCACAGUCCCCCGCGUCUUCUGAGAAGGACAAGCAGUCCACUUGGCUGCGGACCUUGGCUGGUUCCUCCAAUAAGAGCCUUGGCUGCGCCCACCCUCGCCAGCGCCUUUCUGCUUUCCGGCCCUGGUCCCCUGCAGUGUCAGCGAGUGAGAAAGAGACCUCCCCACACCUCCCAGCCCUGAUUCGAGACAGCUUUUACUCCUACAAGAGCUUUGAGACAGCUGUGGCCCCCAAUGUGGCCCUAGCACCACCAGCCCAGCAAAAGGUUGUGAACAGUCCACCAUGCACUGCUGUGGCCUCCCGGGCACCAGAACCUCUUACCACCUGUAUCCAGCCACGGAAGCGGAAGCUGGCUGUGGAAACUCCAGGAGCCCCAGACAUGCUGACACCCGUGGCUGCCCCAGAGGAAGACAAGGAUUCUGAGGCUGAGGUGGAAGUUGAAAGCAGAGAGGAAUUCACCUCCUCCUUGUCCUCGCUCUCCUCUCCGUCCUUUACCUCGUCCAGCUCUGCCAAGGACCUCAGCUCCCCGGGCAUGCUUGCUCCACCUGUGGUUGCCCCUGAUGCUACAGCCCAUGCCGAUGCCCCAAGUGGGCUGGAGGCAGAGCUGGAGCAUCUGCGGCAAGCCCUGGAGGGCGGCCUGGAUACCAAGGAAGCCAAAGAGAAGUUCCUCCAUGAGGUGGUCAAGAUGCGGGUGAAGCAAGAGGAGAAGCUGACAGCAGCCCUGCAGGCUAAACGCAGCCUGCACCAGGAACUAGAAUUUCUGCGUGUGGCCAAGAAGGAGAAACUGCGGGAAGCCACAGAGGCCAAGCGCAGCUUGAGGAAAGAGAUCGAGCGGCUCAGAGCUGAAAACGAGAAGAAGAUGAAAGAGGCUAAUGAGUCUCGGGUGCGCCUGAAGCGAGAGCUGGAGCAGGCACGGCAGGUCCGGGUGUGUGACAAGGGCUGUGAGGCCGGCCGCCUGCGUGCCAAGUACUCAGCCCAGAUUGAGGACUUGCAAGCUAAGCUGCAGCAUGCAGAGGCGGACCGAGAGCAGCUCCGAGCUGACCUGCUGAGGGAACGUGAGGCCCGUGAGCACCUGGAGAAGGUGGUGAAGGAACUUCAGGAGCAGCUGUGGCCUCGGCCUCGGCCUGAGAAUGUGGGUGGCGAAGGCAAUGCCGAGCUGGAUCCCUAGCCUGGGCAGUGCCUGCCACUGCCGCAUGGACCUCCAUCUGUGCGCAGAGGGCGGCGGGUACGUGCUCUGCAGGCCCAGCCCCUGCUCUGCAGCCACACAGCACAACGUCUCUACUGUGCCUAUUACCAAGCGAGUGUUUGUAACCACAUACUUUUGGAAUCCACUGCAAAAUUUUCUACUGGCCCAGUUCAAGUGAGCAAGCCAUGUCCCCCAGCUGCAGCCGGAGUUGAGACUGGCUCUUUGGAUUGCAGCUGGUCCUCUGCUUGCUGGAACAUGCUAACAUUUACACUUUUGUUAUAAGCUAUUUAAACCAGUAAGGAGACUUGAUACUCAGAAAAUCAACAUGUUUUUUAAUGAGUAACUGUAAAAGGCCCCUACACGUGACGCCAUCUGGACACCCACUCUGGUGGGGGUGGCACCCACCCACCACCGUCCUGGGAAGCCAUCACCGCUCAUCUGUGCCCGCGGCUGCAAGAGGACAGCAAGGGUUUUCUUCAGAGUCUAUUUUUUCAGCAACAAGGACCCCAGUCUUCCUGCUGCUGCCAGGAAGAGCAGGGAGAGCACCGCGUGCGAGAUGAGCCCAACACUGCCCGCCUUACCGCCGCUGCCCCGCCCACCAACAUCACCACUAACCCUGCCCUGCAGGCACCAAGGGGCCUGAGCCACAGUCUGUGGAGGCCUCUGGAUGCCCCCGCCCACCUUCACCGUGAGGGGCUAACCUGUGUUAGGCAGUGGCCAUGGUCCAGUGUCAUGUUGUGUUGUUCCCCAUACACACCACCGCCCACCCACAACCCACACGCUGCUUGACCACAGCAACCCCUUUUCAAUGCGGCAGACAUCACUCCUCAUCUCGGGACUGAGGCUGCAGCAUUGGAACAAAAACAGCAUUAUAUCACUCCCCCCCCCUUUUGUUGUUCAUUUAAACGUAUCUAGAACUGCACUUUGUCAGACCCUCCCUUCUCUUUUUACUCCCAGUUAACUGAGGUUUUUACCGAUUUCUAGAGCAGUUCAAACCCUAAGUGCUCGAGUGCUUAGAAAUCCCCUCUGGUGCUUGUUGAACAAGGGAAUCACAAGAAACGACAGCGCAGAGACUGAACUUGGGGGUCGUCCUGUGCCUUCCAGCGUCUUGUACAGCAAACCCUGACUUGUCUUUUUACCCCCAAAUACCGUCUUCAGUAGCGACUGAAUCUGCCACUGUCAAAAUACGUUACUUGCAUUUAUUCCAAAUAAUCUCGUUUACUCUUAACUGUUUAUGCAAAUUGUAUAAGGUUUCUUAUGCCCAAGCUUGAAAAAUGAUUCCCCAGUAGACAAGAGGCCACCACCCAUCCUCCAAUUGUGUUUAUUUACAUGAGAAGAUCACACAGAAGCCCUCCGCUCAGUCCUGACAGGGCAGCCAUGACCUGAGGGAAGGUGGAGAUGGCUGGCGCAGGUACAGAUGACCUCAAGGACUGUUGCCUGCAACUGGAGACUGCUAAGUCCUGACCUUCGGUGCCGAGGUUGUCUGCAGGGUUUUGCCCUUGGUUUACUGAGGGGGUCUGGGCUGCUGCCGGGUCCCCCCUUCUGAAGUGCAAUGCAAAAGGGACAUCAUGUAUACACAGCGUUUAUUUGGAUUUUUUCUUUGGCUUUUUUUCCUCUCAGUUAUGAAACUUGUAUGCAUGGAUUUCACAUCUCCAUAGCUAGACCCAUCCAUGGGCAUUAUGACCUUGUCUCCUAAAGGGUCAGUUUUGUUACGCAACACGAAGAAUGCUGUUUUCAGCCUUGUUUUUCUAGAGUUGUGCUUUUCAGUCAUUUCUUCAAGGAAAACUAAACGAUUUAGUUGGAGCAAA